AUGGGGCCCUAUAUGGGAUAUCAUGGAAACAGCCAGAUGGUGCCAUUUGGCUACGGUGACCCUGCCAGCCCUUAUGGUGCUGGGUAUGGAGGAGAAGGUAGAGGCAUGUAUGAUCUAAUGCCUUACCAACAACCUCCAAGUGGUUACUAUGGCGCCGUACAGCCUCAUCCUCUCUACGGGCCACCCCACAUGGCUGGAAUACCACCUGGGCAACUCACUACACCACCGCCUCCUCCGCCUACUGAGGCUCCUGCCAAGCCAGCCACACCCGCUCCUCCAAAAGAAGAUCCUGAGAAGAUUCGUUUGGAAGCUGAGAUUGCUGCUUUCAAAGCUAUGGAGGAGAAGGUCAAGGCUGCCGAAAAGCAAAAGGAGGCUGAGGCGCAAAUCCGAAGAGAAGCUGAGGAAGCCUUCACCCGAAGAAUGGAGGACAUGAGAAUUGCCCAAGAGGAAGCCAAGAAAGAGAUCGAAAGGGCCAGGAUCGAGGCAGAAAAGGCUGCCCGAGAGAGAAUGGAAGCCGAACGAAAGGCUGAAGAGAAACGCGCCCAGGAGCACGCUCGCGCUAUGGCAGAAGCCGAGGAGAAAGCUCGUCUCAGAUUCGAAGCAGAGAUGAAGGCCGCUGAAGAUCGAAGAAAGGCAGAGGCAGAGGCUCGCAUUCAAGCUGAAGAAGAAGCCAGAAAGAAGUUUGAGGCUGCAGCGAAAGCAGCUGAAGAACAACGACAAGCUGAGGCUGCAGCGCGCGCACAAGCCGAAAGGGAGGCCCGAGAAAAGUACGAGGCCGAGAUGAAGGCAGCCGCCGAACAGCGCAAAGCAGAGGCCGAAGCCAAGGCCAAGGCCGAAGAAGAGGCCCGUCUGAAGCUCGAGGCUGAAUUGAAGGCAGCGGAGGAGCGUGGUAAGAGAGAGGCUGAAGAGAGGGCCAGGGCCGAAAGAGAAGCUCGAAUGAAAUUUGAGGCUGAAUUAAGGGCUGCUGAGGACAAGAGGCUGAAGGAGGAGGAAGAGCGAAAGCGUGCUGAGGAACUUGCUCGGGUUCGCUUUGAGAAAGCACUACAAGAGGAGGCUGAGGCAAAAGCCGCAGCCGCGAAGAAGGCCCAGGAGGAAGCCGAGCGCCUCAUGAGACUCGAGCAAGAGGCCAAGGAAGCCGCCGCAAAGAAAGCAGCCGAGGAAGCCGAGAAGCUCAAGAAGCUCGAGGAAGAAACUCGCGCGAAGGCUGAGGCUGAGACCCUCAAGAAGAUCGAGGAGGAAAAGAAGAAGGCAGCGGAUGCCGCCGCAGCUGAGGAAGCCGCUAAGAAUGCCGCCGCAGAACUUAAGAAGAAGAUUGAAGAGGAGACAAAGGUCAAGCUCGAAGAGUCUAAGAAGAAGGCUGAGCAGGCCCCAAUCCGAUUCAAGGAUGCAGUUGGUCGAAAGUUCAGCUUCCCUUUCCACUUGUGUGCCACUUGGCAGGGUAUGGAAGAUCUCAUCAAGCAAGCUUUCAUGCAAGUUGAUGUUCUGGGUCCUCAUGUAAUGGAAGGGCACUAUGAUCUCAUCGGCCCCGACGGCGAGAUCAUCCUGCCAUCCGUUUGGGAGAAGGUGGUUCAGCCUGAUUGGGCUAUCACCAUGACUAUGUGGCCAAUGGACAAGAUGCCUCCACUGGGACCCAAGAUGCCUGGCGCGCCUGGCAUGCAUGGACACAAGCACGGCGGUCCUAUCCCUGUUCCGCCCCGUCCCAUGGGCCCAGGCAUGCGACCCCCUAUGAUGCCCCCUGGCGGUAUGCCUCCUGGAGGAGUUCGCCCGCCCGCUGGAUGGCCUGUCGGAGGAGGAGUUCGACCUGAUAUGCCAAUGCCACCCAACGUUGUCACAGUCGGCCCUAAUCCUGGCAAGUCCAGCAAGCACAAGAAGGCAUCCAAGGAUCACUCAGUCGUGGCAGGCUUUUUGUUUGGCAAACCUCCAAAGAAGAAGUGA